AUUAGCCCUUCUUAUUGAUUCAUCCUCUCUGACAUAACCACUCCAAGUUUACGCACCCAUGCCUCCACGACUCAUUGGUACGGAAGCAAUGACACUUGAGAUUGGUGCAUUGCAUUCGUAGCAUCGAGCCCGGGAACCGAAAGAUCCUUUAUUUUACUGAUUAAGGAAUGCCAUGUUGCUUUUGUCUUUGCAGAUAUUGGCAUUAAUCUCACGGAUCCAAUGUUCCGCGGUAUCUACCAUGGGAAGCAGGUUCAUGCAGAUGAUCUGCAACAGGUGCUUCUUCGCGCAACUCGUGCAGGAGUGGCUCGCAUGAUUGUCACAGCAGGGAAUUUGAGCGACUGCCAUGAAGCCUUGGAUCUUGUCAAGGGCCAUGAGGAUCUGUUCAUGACUGUUGGCUGCCACCCUACGCGAUGCUCCGAGUUUGAGAGCCAUACAGAUGGCCCCGAGGGAUACUUUAAUGCCCUCACGGCGUUUCUUGAGAAGCCAGAAGCUAAGACAAAAGUCGUUGCCAUUGGAGAGUGCGGAUUAGACUAUGACCGACUUCACUUUUGCCCAAAGGAGACGCAGCUCAAAUAUUUCGAGCGCCAGUUUGAGCUGGCGGAGGCAACUCGGCUACCUAUGUUCUUUCACAAUCGCAACACGGGCAAUGAUUUCGGAAAGCUCAUCUCAAAAAACCGCUUCAGGUUCACCAAUGGCGUUGUGCACUCGUUUACAGGUACAAUGGAGGAAAUGCAACAUUAUCUGGACUUGGGCUUGUACAUAGGUAUCAAUGGAUGCUCUUUGAAGACAGAGGAGAACUUGAAAGUUGCUGCCAGUGUACCGUUGGAUAGGCUAAUGCUUGAGACGGAUGGGCCAUGGUGUGAUAUACGGCCAACUCACGCGUCCUACAAGUGUCUGUCAACAAUGACGGCAGAGCAACAGGCAUUGUACAAUCCGACGUCGAAAAAGAAGGAACGAUUCGAGAUUGGCUCCAUGGUCAAAAGCAGGAAUGAGCCGUGCACUAUCGGUCAAGUACUUUGCGUAAUAGCAUCGCUGCAUGCCAUGGAAGCAGAGGCACUAUCGAAAAUAGUGUACGACAACACGACAAAAGUCUUUUUCUCUGCUGAUACUGGUGCCAGGCGACUCUAGCGUGCAUCUUCGAAGUGGGAAUAAAAGAAAAGAAUGCUGCAUUACGCGAAGACGCGAUGUCGGUCAUUUAAACAAUCCUAGGCGAGGGAACUGCAGCUUGUCCCAC